AUGACUUGAUAUUCUCUCUUCCAGGAGAUGACUGCCAAUUGCUCUCUGUGGCAGGAGAACAGCUUGUCUGUCAAACGCUUUGCAUUUGCCAAGUUCUCUGAGGUCCCUGGAGAGUGCUUCCUCCUGUUCACCCUCAUCCUCCUCAUGUUCUUAGUGUCACUGACAGGCAAUGCACUCAUAGCCUUUGCCAUCUGUACCAGUCCAUCCCUGCACACCCCCAUGUACUUUUUCCUGGCCAACUUGUCUCUCCUGGAGAUUGGCUACACUUCCUCUGUCAUACCCAAGAUGCUGCAGAGCCUUGUGAGUGAGGCUCGAGGGAUCUCUCGGGAGGGUUGUGCCACACAGAUGUUUUUCUUCACAUUCUUCGGAAUAACUGAGUGCUGCCUGUUGGCAGCCAUGGCUUUUGACCGCUGCAUGGCAAUUUGCUCCCCACUCCAUUAUGCAACCCGAAUGAGUCGUGGAGUAUGUGCCCAUUUGGCAAUGGUUUCAUGGGGAAUGGGAUGCAUAGUAGGAUUGGGACAGACCAAUUUUAUUUUUUCUUUGGACUUCUGUGGACCCUGUGAGAUAAAUCACUUUUUCUGUGACCUUCCACCUCUCCUGGCUCUUGCCUGUGGAGAUACAUCCCGUAACGAGAUUGCAGUCUUUGUGGCAGCAGCCAUCUGCAUAUUCAGCCCAUUUUUACUGAUCAUUUCUUCCUAUGUCAGAAUUCUGGUUGCAGUGCUGGUGAUGCCUUCACCUGAGGGGCGCCAUAAAGCUCUCUCCACCUGUUCCUCCCACCUACUUGUAGUCACACUCUUCUAUGGCUCAGGAUCUAUUACCUACUUGAGGCCCAAAGCUAGCCACUCACCAGGAAUGGAUAAACUUUUGGCCCUCUUCUACACAGUGGUGACAUCCAUGCUGAACCCCAUCAUCUAUAGUUUAAGGAACAAGGAAGUCAAAGCAGCCCUGAGGAGAACUCUGGGCCUCAGAAAGUCCUGA